AUGGGGGGGCUAGCAAAUGUACAAAAGUUAGAGGUUGAUGGAUGCAUGGAACUGACGCACUUGUGGUCAAAUGCGGUGGGAUCAUUUCCGCAUCUCCCCAGUCUUCGUCAUCUGCAGGUUUCUGAUUGUCCAAAACUAGUUUCGUUGGUAGCUAAAGGCCAGCUGCCUCCAACUCUAAAGGAACUAAGUAUACGGGAUUGCAAUAAUAUUCAGAUUUUGGUGGAGGAGGAUGACACGGCCAACAGCUGCGGCAGCAACGGUGACAACACCAUAUCUCAUGAUCUUCAGGAUUUGUACAUUCUCAACUGUCCAUCCCUCAAAUCCCUAAUAUCAAGUGGUGAAUUACCAACAACACCUCAAACAUUACGGAUUGGUUCAUGUCCAAAGCUAGAGUCAAUAGCGAAGGAAUUACAUCAUAAUUCAUUGCUUAAAUCCAUUGACAUUUAUUAUUGUGGAAACCUUAAAUCUUUACCCACCGGUAUACACAGUCUCGGCCAUCUAAGCAAUAUUAGGAUUGAAGGUAGUCCAAGUCUCGAUUUCUUACCGGACGGUGAGUUGCUCCCUGCCAACCUGACAAGGCUUGAUCUUGCCCGCUGCGAGAAAAUCCAGGCCGUGGUCAAUCGCACACACACUUGCACCUCUCUUCAAGCUUUGACGAUGGGGGAAUGUCCAAGAGCACUUGUAUGCUUUCCAGAAGAAGGUUUUCCCACCAACCUAACAUCUCUUCGGAUCGAUGAUAGCAGUAUCGCUCAGGGCUUGUUUGAGUGGGGGUUGCACAGGAUUACCUCUCUCAAAGUUCUUAAAAUUUGCGAUGGAACUUCGCACCUGGUGUCCUUUGCAGAGAUGAAGCUGCCUAGUUCUCUAAUCGAGUUGAAGAUGGUUAACUUUCCGAAGCUGGAAUACUUGUCUCCCGAGGGCUUUCGAAACCUCACAUCACUUCAAGGGUUGUGUAUAUCUAAUUGCGAAAAACAUAUCGCGUCCUUACCAAAGAAGGGCCUACCUCCCUCACUCCGAAGACUUUGGAUUACUGAUGGUAAAAAGUUAACGUCAUUUCCAACAAACUGCCUACCUCCCUCACUCCUGACGUUAUGUAUCUACAGGUGUCCUCUCUUGGUAGAAUGGUGGAAAAAAGAACGAGGACGGGAGGGGUCUACGAUAGCCCGCAUUCCCCAUGUAGAUAUAGAUGAAGACUUGAUUGGUAAAUAG